AUGGAUGAGCUCUUUGACGUUUUUGAGGACCAACCUCAGGCGGCGAAGCCGUCAGAGGCCUCCAAACGCCCCAAGAAGGAUAAGAGCAAGAAACGACAGAUGAAUGGCGAUGUGAAGAAACCUGAAGAUGUCCAGAUCGAACAAGAUGAGGAUGUUACGAUGUCAGAUGCACCUGCUGUGGUCGCUGAACUAGCAGACUCCGAACCUAUUGCGACUUCCUCCGAACAAACCAACCAACCCGGCCCAAAGCGACCUCGAUUGGAUCAGGAACCUGAGCCUGUAGUUGCCGAUUCUUUUGAAACCGAGCAGGAACGCGAAAUCUCAGGCUCCGGGGGACUGGCAGGAACUCCCGAUGCUUCUGCACUUGUGGUGUCUCACCAGGUGCGCCAUCAGGUCGCAAUUCCGCCGAACUACCCUUACGUGCCGAUCUCUCAACACAAGCCGCCGGCCGAACCAGCGAAGACAUGGCCGUUCACACUCGAUCCUUUCCAGCAGGUCGCAGUUUCAUCAAUCCAGCGCGAGGAGAGUGUGCUGGUAUCAGCUCAUACUAGUGCCGGUAAAACCGUGGUGGCAGAAUAUGCGAUUGCGCAAAGUUUGAAACAAAACCAGAGAGUUAUCUAUACAAGUCCUAUCAAGGCGCUGAGCAACCAGAAAUACCGUGAAUUUGCUGCUGAAUUCGGCGAUGUCGGUCUGAUGACCGGUGAUGUGACUAUCAACCCCACCGCUACCUGUCUUGUUAUGACCACAGAGAUUUUGCGCUCUAUGUUGUACCGUGGCUCUGAGAUCAUGCGUGAAGUCCAGUGGGUAGUUUUUGAUGAGAUUCAUUACAUGCGCGACUUGAGCCGUGGUGUUGUUUGGGAAGAAACCAUCAUCCUAUUGCCUGAUAAGGUCCGCUAUGUUUUCCUAUCCGCCACUAUCCCGAAUGCCAUGCAAUUCGCCGAAUGGAUUGUCAAGAUGCAUAAUCAACCCUGUCACGUUGUCUACACCAAUUAUCGUCCGACUCCGCUUCAGAACUACUUCUUCCCCGCUGGUGGCGAGGGAAUCCACCUUGUUGUGGAUGAAAAAGGCACCUUCCGCGAGGAGAACUUCCAGAAAGCAAUGAGUGCUAUUGCUGAUAAGAAGGGCGAUGAUCCAGCUGACGCUUUGGCCAAACGUAAGGGCAGGGGCAAGGACAAGCAACUGAACAAGGGUGGCAACAAGGGCCCAUCAGAUAUCUACAAGAUCGUGAGAAUGAUUAUGCUGAAGAACUACAACCCCGUUAUUGUCUUCAGUUUCAGCAAGCGAGAGUGUGAGGCAGGUGCUUUGCAGAUGAGCAAAUUGGCCUUUAACGAUGAUUCUGAGAAGAAUAUGGUCACCAAGGUUUUCGAGAGCGCCAUUGAAAUGUUGUCUCCAGAGGAUCGCCUAUUGCCCCAGAUUACAAACAUUCUUCCUCUGCUGCAACAAGGUAUCGGUGUCCACCACUCAGGAUUGCUGCCAAUUCUCAAGGAAACCAUUGAGAUUCUGUUCCAAGAAGGUCUUAUUAAAGUCUUGUUCGCAACUGAGACUUUCUCUAUCGGUCUCAACAUGCCUGCGAAGACUGUUGUCUUCACUAGUGUUCGCAAGUUUGAUGGAACCAGCCAGCGCUGGGUUAGUCCAUCUGAAUUCAUCCAAAUGUCUGGUCGUGCCGGUCGUCGAGGUCUUGAUGACCGAGGUAUUGUUAUCAUGAUGGUUGGAGAGGAAAUGGACCCUGCGGUCGCAAAGGAGAUUGUGCGUGGUGAACAAGAUUCACUCAACUCAGCCUUCCACCUUGGUUACAAUAUGAUUCUCAAUCUGAUGCGUGUGGAGGGUAUCUCGCCCGAAUACAUGCUCGAACGAUGCUUCAAGCAAUUCCAGAACACCGGAAGUGUUGCAGGCUUGGAAAAGGAGCUAGUGAGUCUUGAGGAGCAGCGCCUCAAUAUGGUCAUCUCAGACGAAGGGACCGUCCGCGAAUACUACGAGCUACGGAAGCAACUUGACACAUUUGCCGACGAUGUUCAGCAUGUCAUUACCCACCCGAAUUAUUCUUUGCAAUUCAUUCACCCUGGCCGGCUGAUCCAUGUGAGGUACAAGAAUGCAGAUUAUGGCUGGGGUGUGGUGGUCAACCAGAAGAAACGCAAGCAAGGAAAUAACGACACCGAAAAAUUCCCCGCUCACCAAUCCUAUAUUGUUGAUGUAUUGCUGAACGUAUCGCAAGGGUCAGCGAUCGGCACCAAGACUUUCGAAGAUCUUCCGCCCGGCGUUCACCCUGCAAAGGAAGACGAGCCCAGUCGCAGUGAGGUUGUGCCCAUGGUUCUGAGUUGUAUGAAAGAAAUUUCGCAUCUCCGGAUCAUGGUUCCGAAGGAUCUCACCUCGCCUGACUCCCGGAAUGGAGUCAUGAAGACUCUCGCUGAGGUGAAGAGGCGCUUCCCUGACGGUCUUCCUCUACUCGACCCGAUUGAGAACAUGGGUAUCACAGACGACAGCUUCAAGAAGCUGCUUCGGAAAAUCGAAGUUCUGGAGUCUCGCCUUCUAAGCAAUCCUCUACACAACUCCCCCCGAUUGACUGAGUUGUACGAGCAAUAUGCCCAGAAGGUAGAGUUGGCUGCAAGGAUCAAGGCGAUAAAGAAACAAAUCACCGAAGCCAUGUCGGUCCUGCAUAUGGAUGAGCUGAAGUGUCGCAAGCGUGUGCUUCGCCGUUUCGGAUUUAUCAACGAAGCCGAAGUUGUCCAAUUGAAGGCUCGGGUUGCUUGUGAGAUCAGCACAGGUGACGAGCUGAUGCUGAGCGAGUUAUUGUUCAAUGGUUUCUUCAAUAAUUUGACACCCGAGCAAACCGCAUCUGUUAUGAGUUGUUUCGUGUUUGAGGAGAAGGUCAAGGAAGCCCCUGCGUUAGCCAAGGAUGAGUUGGCGAAGCCACUCCGGGAAAUCCAAUCACAGGCCCGCAUCAUUGCCAAGGUGUCCCAGGAGUCUAAAAUGGCCAUCAAUGAGGAGGAAUAUGUGCAGAGCUUCCACUGGGAGUUGAUGGAGGUGGUUUACGAUUGGACUCAGGGCAAGUCUUUCGCCGAGAUCUGUAAAAUGACCGAUGUCUAUGAGGGUAGUUUGAUCCGUGUCUUCCGCCGGUUGGAAGAAGCUUUGCGACAGAUGGCGCAAGCUGCCAAGGUGAUGGGCAGCGAAGACCUGGAGAGCAAGUUCGAGGAGGCCCUAGGCAAGGUCCGCCGCGACAUUGUUGCUGCCCAGUCCUUGUAUUUGUAG